AUGGGCGCUUAUUUCGCUUUUAUAGCGCUAGCUUUUCGUGAAGUUUUCAAUGUACUGAUGCUUAAAAAUUAUGAUUAUAAAGGCACGUUGUACUUUAUGUUGGUUGUAAUAUACCUCUCUCAGAUCAUCUUCAGAUUCUUCAUCAUAAAUUAUAUGUGCGAGAAAGUCAGCAUCAAGGCGAACGCAAUAGCAGAUGUUAUUGAUAGAAUAUCGUAUUCUACUUAUAAUGUUGAGGUUCGCGAAAAUUUCCGCUCAAAUUCUAUGGUCUUGGUCUUUUUCAAUUUGGCUUCAAAUUCUUGCUGGAGUUCUGCUCCUCCAUUACGACCGUUAUAGUCAUAUUAGUACAAUCGCACAUCAACACAAAAAAAUGAAGAAAGAAAUGUAAGGAUUAG